CUGGGCGCCAACAUGGCGGCAAGCUGGGCUUCGUGUUAUCGCUUCCAACCGAACUGAAACUUUUUUGCCUACCUCCGUCACAUACGUCACCCACUUAGCUACCGUUGCGUCAAACCGGUGGGACCUGGUUCGAGAGUGCUGCAGGGGGUGUGACUGCGACGCCGUCCAGCAAAAGGUGACAGAAGUAAGCCUGGCGGAAGUCGAGAAGGGAGGCGACUGUAACUUCAUGCUCCGGCUUGUUUGUUCUAAUAACAAAGUACUGCUGUUGUCGGCUGAAACUCCCAACCACCUCACCAAACUAACCUUAUUAAGCCGCGUUGUAGUUUGACUGUGUUUGUACAAAUCUGUUGUAAAUUAUGCCUACUCUUAAUACGCGAGUUCAGUGGUUGUAUGAACAUAAAUUAUUUGCUACAUGAAACAAAGGAAUUCAAGUCUAUUCUUUCAAAGUCAAUUGUCAAUCCAGAGCGCUCGAGUAAAGCCGUGUUAGACUUCGACAGUGGUAGCAUUUAUCCUCACGUACAAGACUCACAUCUAAGUACCGACUGCUAUGAUAAAAUUGUUUUAUCCAACACAGAACUCUCGAGUAAGAUGUAUAGAACUGAAAACUUCACUUUCAAGGUCGACAUGAUUCGAACAUAUUAUAUAUGCUGACUUUGUUUUCUGAUGUAGCUGACGGAGACCAAGAAUUAGACGCUUAACCUAAUUAACCUUCGAGCUUCAUUGUUUAUCAAAGAAGUACCAUGUUUCAAAACCUCCCUUCUGUUCAUAUACCAGCACCUUCCUAUCAAGACUCUGGGAGUUAUCUUCAUACCAGCCCGGUCUACGUGCCCAGCACGCGCUCGCUCGUCCAUAUGCACCAGUACAUGCACAGCCCAUCGGUUUCUGUAAGCCAAAUGAUGGGCCCAGCCACCGGUACUCCUUCUCCUCCUGUUCCAGCAGCUCACUCACACUGCUCUGCGGUCAGUGUGUGGGGUACCACCAAUGGCCGUCCGAGUCCGGUCUCUGCAGACUCUUUCUCGGCAUGUUCAACUCCACAUGCCGGAAUACCAAGUGGGAGAUACGGUUUUCAGCCUGCGACACCAGGUGGAGUUGUUGGAGCCGCUUGCAGAGAAGCUUCAAGCUAUUUGUCGCGUACUAAUGGACGCAGUUCACACGCUAGUUAUGUCGGCGGUGACGUCAAUCCUUGGGCCAACUUUGAAAGUGGGAUGGUGUCUAUCCAGACAAUGCAAGCUACGGCAGCGCCCCUAGCGCGACGAACAGUUGAUCCGGCCGCAGCUUACGCCCAUUUUGCAGAAGGACGGGAGUGUGUCAAUUGUGGCGCCAUCUCUACACCAUUAUGGCGGCGAGACGGAACUGGCCAUUACCUCUGCAACGCCUGCGGACUUUACCACAAGAUGAACGGGGUAAACAGACCUCUUAUCAAACCUCAGAGGCGGCUUGCGGUGUCCAGAAGAACCGGUCUAUGCUGUUCUAACUGUGGAACCACCACUACGACACUCUGGCGGAGGAAUAAUGAAGGAGAACCUGUCUGCAAUGCUUGUGGCCUUUAUUACAAAUUGCAUAAUGUAAACCGACCAUUAGCCAUGAGGAAAGAAGGGAUUCAAACAAGAAAACGAAAACCUAAAAAUGCUAAUAAAAAUUCGUCCAAUUCUGAUUCAAAAGGGUCCGACGUCGUUAAAUUAAACUCUUCUUCGGAUUCCAAAGCGACCUCUACAGCCUCUUUGACGUCGGGCACAUCGCAAUCUCCAUUCAGCAGCGGACAUCGAGGUUAUCAUUCAUCAAAUACGUGUAUAUCAAGUCAACCACCUCGUACCACGCCCUCUGCUUUUUCAGACCAAUUAAGCAAUCAAGCAUGUAGUCCAAUUCACCGCCCAGCACUACUGUCCCAAGGAGAGACCAACUGGUCUUCUUGCGACUGUGCAGCUCCCUGCGGCAAGUUGGAGGCGGGGCCUCCUCGGAUUCUAGGAUUACCUUGAGACUGACGAUUGACGAUCUCUUAAAUACUUACCUGCCAUCUAGUGGCUGAUAAUGUAAUUAAAAUGUACGGCGACAUUCCGUCAUGUUUUGUCCUGUUCUAAUUUACUUUCGAUAUAUAAAUUGUGGAGCUGUCAAUGGAAUAUUUAAUCACUGAAAACAGUGUCUGUGGACUAUCAACAGUCAUGACAAUAUAGUUUUUUAUUUCAUGUUUUAUGGUUCAGACUCCAACAAGUUUGGAACAAGAUGAAACUGAUCUGAGGAUAGUACACUAUGGAUAUUGUAAAAGACGUAACACUAAGUUUCAAUCCAACUGACUCUGAUUCAUCGAACAAUUAGUUUUUUUUUUAAUGAUCAUAAUUUUAACUCUUUUUUUUAAAUAAUUGAAACACAGUAAUUUAACUUUGACCUAGAAUGGCUAAUGGCCAGUAAAUGGAUAUUCUGAAAAAUUUUCGCUGUUAUUCAGAGCUAAGAAAUACUGAAACGCAUGAAGCGUUAAUUGUUUGAGUUUGUUCGGUACUUCCGGUUAGUAUGAACUAUCGAAAGAUAUUAUAUGGUUGGUGUUUGUAACAUUUACGAUGUUUUGUUUUUGUGUGUAGUUGAGAUGCGCCAUGGACAAUUGGAUAUUAUACUGAGUAAAACAAAAUACUUUCAAUGUUACUUGGAGUUUGCAUUUCAUGUAGGUAUAGCUCUCUUUUUCUUCGUGGUACACUUGGAAGUGUGGAAAAUUAUGUGUGCGUCCUUGGUUGACGAAGGGAAAUUUAUGGCUUGUGUGUAAUAGUACACGUCUCAUUAAAAUAUUAUUGGUAUUUUAAUAUGUGAAAUUGUACAGUAGAAUUUGUUUGCAUACGUGUGCACUUACAUGGAAAUGUUGUAGUUUUAAGUGUAAUGAUAAUGCACAUCUGGCCUUUUUUAAUUGGAGUUUUUGAACUUAGCGAUUUUAAUCUGUACACAGCACGGUCUCUUGAUUGCAGCACAACAUGCUUGUUAUGUAUAUAUAUACACGUUUCAUUCUAAAGACGUAAAACGUAAAAGGAAUAUAAGCACAGAGAAUUCCGUCCACGAAAUAACAUGUAAUUUCAUCGUAAAAUAAACGUGGUUUGUCUGUGUCA